CACGGCUGUCGCGCUCCCCGGAUCGUGCCAUGGUGAAGGCAGGAGACUUGGUGGAGGAGCAGAAGACUGCGAUGGAGGAAGAGGAAGAGGAAGAGGAAGAGGUGAAUGCUGAGGCGGCAGAGGAGCAGGAGGAGCCCGAGGACGCGGCCUGCAGCGGCAGCAGCGGCAAGAAGAAGAAGGUGGUUCCGGGCAUUGUGUACCUGGGCCACGUCCCGCCGCGCUUCCGGCCCCUGCACGUACGCAACCUGCUCAGCGCCUACGGCGAGGUGGGACGCGUUUUCUUCCAGGCCGAGGACCACUUUGUGAAACGCAAGAAGAAGGCAGCCGCAGCCGCAGGAGGGAAGAAGGGAGCUAAAUACAGCAAGGACUAUACCGAAGGCUGGGUGGAGUUCCGAGACAAGCGCAUAGCCAAGCGAGUGGCAGCCAGUCUACAUAACACGCCCAUGGGCUCCCGCAAGCGUAGUCCCUUCCGUUACGACCUGUGGAACCUCAAGUAUUUGCAUCGUUUUACUUGGUCCCACCUCAGUGAACACCUUGCCUUUGAGCGCCAGGUACGAAGGCAACGCCUGAGAGCAGAGGUCGCCCAAGCCAAGCGAGAGACUGACUUCUAUCUUCGAAAUGUGGAACAGGGACAACGCUUCCUUGCAGCUGAUGGGGAUGCUACUCGGCCAAACAGCUCCUGGACAUUUACUCAGCGUCCCACUGAGCAGGAGCUUAGGGCCCGGAAAGCAGCUCGGCCAGGAGGGCGAGAAAGAGCACGGCUGGCUAACGUCCAGGACCAGGCCCGCUCCAACAGAGGGCUCCUUGCCAAGAUCUUUGGAGCCCCUCUCCCUGCAGAAAGCAAGGAAGAACCAUAGCCAGUAAGGGACUCCUGAUGGUGGAAGAAAUACCUACCAGCCCUGCGCCAUUCUGAUCUGCUUCCUGCAGAGUAUUGACCAGCUAGGCAGAAGUGUUCUCUAUUCUACACACCAGGAAUCUGGUAAAGGGCUUUCUCUUUGUUGGUAUCUUUCACCUACUGUGGACAAGCCCUGUAAGUGCCAAUCUGAGAACAUGUCCUAUCCAGGGAAGACCGCUGUAGGCGCCUGAUGCAUUUUGUUUGAUUUCUGAUUUAUUGCCUGCCUCCUUCUCAGUGGACAGCUAACAGUUUCUGGCUGGAAGAGUGGACUUGCCUUCCACUAGGGUAGUGGUCUAUGGUGUUUGUUCACUAUGGUGGAAGGCUGAAUUAACAGGAAUUGGAUUAGCAGUCCAAUUUGAGGUUUAUAUUUGAAAAUAAAAAUAAUUUAUUUUUA